AAAGCCUGCUGGGGUAGGGAGGGGCAGGGGUCUCCAGCCCCUGGAGCAAGAGAAGACCUUAGUGGGUUGGGCCCUGGCAUUGUCACAGGGGAGGUUGCUGGCCACCACAGACCACACCAUGUGGGCUCUGGGGCGUCGCCGGUUCCGGUCCUGCUGGGGGCAGGUGGCCGUGCUGCUGCUGCUGCUCGGGGUACCUCCUCAAGGUGGGGCACUGCCGCCCAUCCGCUAUUCCCACGCGGGCAUCUGCCCCAACGACAUGAACCCCAACCUCUGGGUGGACGCCCAGAGUACCUGCAAGCGGGAGUGUGAGACGGACCAGGAGUGUGAGACGUAUGAGAAGUGCUGCCCCAAUGUGUGUGGGACCAAGAGCUGUGUGGCAGCCCGGUACAUGGACGUGAAGGGGAAGAAGGGUCCAGUGGGCAUGCCCAAGGAGGCCACGUGCGACCAAUUCAUGUGCCUGCAGCAGGGCUCCGAAUGCGACAUCUGGGAUGGCCAGCCCGUGUGUAAGUGCAAAGAUCGUUGCGAGAAGGAACCCAGUUUCACCUGCGCCUCAGAUGGACUCACCUACUACAAUCGCUGCUACAUGGAUGCGGAAGCCUGCUCCAAGGGCAUCACGCUGACCGUCGUCACCUGCCGUUACCACUUCACCUGGCCCAACACCAGCCCCCCGCCACCCGAGACCACCGUGCACCCCACCACGGCCUCCCCGGAGACCCCUGGAGUGGACAUGGCAGCCCCGGCCCUGCUCAACCAUCCUGUACACCAGUCGGUCACUGUGGGCGAGACCGUGAGCUUCCUCUGUGACGUGGUGGGCCGGCCCCGGCCUGAGAUCACUUGGGAGAAGCAGCUAGAGGAUCGGGAGAAUGUGGUCAUGCGGCCCAACCACGUGCGUGGUAACGUGGUGGUCACCAACAUCGCCCAGCUGGUCAUCUACAAUGCCCAACCACAGGAUGCUGGCAUCUACACCUGCACGGCCCAGAAUGCUGCUGGGGUCCUGAGGGCCGACUUCCCCCUGUCAGUGGUCAGGGCUGGCCAGGCCACAGCCACCUUGGAAAGCAGUGCCAACGGCACAGCCUUCCCGGUGGCAGAGUGCUUGAAGCCACCCGACAGUGAGGACUGUGGCGAAGAGCAGACCCGAUGGCACUUUGACGCCCAGACCAACAACUGCCUGACCUUCACCUCUGGUCACUGCCACCACAACCGUAAUCACUUUGAGACCUAUGAGGCCUGCAUGCUGGCCUGCAUGAGCGGCCCACUGGCCGUGUGCAGCCUGCCUGCCCUGCAGGGGCCCUGCAAGGCCUAUGCGCCUCGCUGGGCCUACAAUGGCCAGACGGGCCAGUGCCAAUCCUUUGUCUACGGUGGCUGUGAGGGUAAUGGCAACAACUUUGAGAGCCGAGAGGCCUGUGAGGAGUCCUGCCCCUUCCCUCGGGGGAACCAGCAUUGCCGAGCCUGCAAGCUGAGGCAGAAGCUCGUUACCAGUUUCUGUCGGAGUGACUUUGUCAUCUUGGGCAGAGUGUCUGAGCUGACUGAGGAACCUGAGAUGGGCCGUGCCCUGGUGACGGUGGAUGAAGUCCUCAAGGAUGAGAAGAUGGGACUCAAGUUCCUGGGCCGGGAACCACUGGAGGUCACUCUGCUCCACAUAGACUGGGCCUGCCCCUGCCCCAAUGUGACGGUCAGUGAGACACCACUGAUCAUCAUGGGUGAAGUGGAUGGUGGCAUGGCCAUGCUCCGUCCCGACAGCUUCGUGGGAGCGUCCAGCACCCGGCGGGUCAAGAAGCUUCGUGAGGUCAUACACAAGAAGACCUGUGACGUCCUCAAGGAGCUCUUGGGGGUGCACUGAGGACCCCAGCCCACCCUGCUCCUCUCCCACCCUGGCCCUCCUUCAUCGACCCACCCCAAAUCCCCACAGUCAGAAAACUGGGCAAGAUCAGAUUAGGCAGGCUUGUGGUUAACAGGAAACAUCAACCAACAUCAGAAAAAUGCCACCAGAGGGUCCAAAUCAACUUCUAGUUUAGAGGCUCAAUAAAAGGUCCACAUCUUUUUUAGCUGAGGGGACAAA